AAAUACAAAUUUACAUGCACCGAGUGGGUCAAUCAUCUAUUGUUAGCAUUAGUUUCUAAUUGUAUGCAGAAAAAAACUUUGUUUUCGUCUCCGUAGAUAAAAGGGAACUGAAAAAACCAGAACCAAACAAAGAACACUCAAAGAAAUAUGGACUCUAUAACCUUUGCUUUCUCGAAGUCUCAGCUGGCUUUGUCGGAACUGCAAUCUAUUCUUCAUGCCACAACAACUUAGCUAGUUGCUCCUUCUUCAUCACCCCAUCAACAUUCAACAGCUCCAACCAAGGUCUUGCAUCCAUUCCAUUUCUCUGCUUCAACCAAACUUGGCGGCAUGGCAUGAUCUAGACUUACUUGGCUCCAGUUUUCAUUGAGGUCAACUUUUUCAAUCUCCAUCUCUCUACAUAAAGAAUUUCAGAUGCACUGUUGGAAUUCAAAAUUCAGAACAGAGAUGAAUUUUUCUUCACUAACCUCCUUCAGGAUUUAGCCUCUUUUGCUAAUGAUUCCGAAUCUCAAGUCUUCUUGAUUCUGUACUAUUAUAUACAUCAAGAGGGAUAAUUAAGCAGUGUUGAGUUGCGGAAUCAUAUUGCAGAGUUGAUGGGGCAUUUUUCAUCUGCAUUCAAUAGGUUGGCAAAGUCAUUUGCGAUGAAGAAAGGGAGAAAUUCUAGUGAAUGUAAUCGGAGAGAAGCUGCAGAAGCAAUGGUAAAGGAAGCCAAAAAAAAUAACUUCAUACUACAUAGCUCAGGCACCAUUAAUGUUGAUGGAUCAAACAACUUUGCCUCAGUUUUCUCCAAAAAAGGCAAGAAAGGAGUCAAUCAGGAUUGUUGCGUAGUGUGGGAAGAAUUUGGGUGCCAAGAGGACAUGAUCUUCUGUGGGAUUUUUGAUGGACACGGACCAUGGGGUCACUUUGUGGCCAAAAGAGUACGGAAGUCAAUGCCACCAUCCUUGCUAUGCAACUGGCAAGAGACACUUUCCCAAACUUCACUUGAUCCAGAUGUUGAUGUUGAUAUAGAGACAGAGAAAAAGCAACACCGGUUUAAUAUAUGGAAGCAUUCCUACUUGGAGACUUGUGCUGCCAUUGAUCGAGAACUAAAGCAGAAUCGCAAGAUAGAUUCAUUUUACAGCGGAACAACUGCAUUGUCAAUUGUUAGACAGGGUGAACUCAUUGUCAUUGCAAAUGUUGGUGACUCUCGUGCUGUAUUAGCUACAGCAUCAGAUGAUGGAAGUAUGGUAGCAGUUCAGCUAACAGUAGAUUUCAAGCCUAAUUUACCUCAGGAGGCAGCGCGAAUACUCGAGUGCCAAGGACGAGUUUUCUGCUUAGACGACGAGCCGGGGGUGCACAGGGUGUGGUUGCCGGAUGAGGAGUCUCCAGGACUUGCCAUGUCAAGGGCUUUUGGUGACUACUGCGUCAAAGAGUAUGGUCUUAUUUCAGUGCCUGAGAUAACACACAGGAACAUAACCAGCAAAGACCAGUUUGUUGUGCUAGCCACUGAUGGGGUGUGGGAUGUAAUCUCCAACCAAGAAGCGGUGGAUAUUGUGUCUUCAACUCCAGACAGAACAGACUCUGCUAAACGUUUGGUAGAGUGUGCAAUGCGUGCAUGGAAACGCAAGAGGAGGGGCAUUGCAAUGGAUGACAUUUCAGCUAUUUGUCUCUUCUUUCACUCCUCACCUUCACUUCACCAAGUUGCCACCUUAGAAUAGAGAACAUUUAUUAUGUAAAAUUGGCAAGUCGAGUGCCACUUGGUGAUUGAUCCAUGUUAACAUGGUCGGUCCAAUUAAGGUUGAUUAUUUACAAGUAUUGUCCAGUCUCAGUCUCGUUUUUAAAUAUUUGUUAACCUAAUCAAUGACGCUUACUCGUUUUU